AUGUCAUCCAACGACGAAAUUUUAGCGCAAUUCAUCGCUGUGACUCAAUGUCCACAAGAUCAAGCCCAACGUUAUUUAGAAGCAUCAAAUUGGAAUAUGGAUACAGCUAUGGAAUGUUUUUAUGAUGAUGGAGCAAGUACGAGCCAUGUUCCAUCACAUCAAAACAUACCUAUUACAAAUUUGAAUGAUAAUUCAGCGAGAGAAGGUGAUUCAGCCAGGGCAACAGGAUCGGGUUAUGCAUCAGAUGAUGAUGAUAGCUUGCAAAUGGCUAUUGAAAAAAGUAUGCAAUCAGCAACUGUUUCACAAGACUCUUCAAAGUCAACAAAAAAGCAACCACCACAGUCAUCACGCUUUGGAACAAUAGCCUCAUUGCAAAAAGAAGAUGACAGUUCAGAUGAAGAAGGCCAAGCAUUUUACGCUGGUGGGAGUGAACGCAGUGGUCAACAGAUCAUUGGUCCACCAAAACCUAAAUUACCGGUUGAUAAAGAUAAAGAAGUUGAAAAUGUAUUUAAAGCAGCAAGAGAUCAAGGAGCAAAAGAAGCAGAUGAUUCUCAUUCACAUGAUGAUCAUCAACACAAGCAAAAAGCAUUUGGAGGUGUCGGUUAUACUUUAGGUGAUGAAUCGACUCCAUCUCGUUCUCUUGAUACCACACCGUCUACAUCAUCAAGUAAUAGAAACCAAGCAAAUAAUGCUCUCCAAAUACCCAUUCUAUUUUAUAAAAAUGGUUUUACAGUAGAUGAUGGCGAAUUGAGACGUUUUGAAGAAAAUCGUGCGUUCAUAGAUUCAAUUACUCGUGGCGAAGUGCCGGAAGAAUUACGAAAGCUGACCACUGGUGGAAGACAAGUUGAAGUUCGUCUCGAAGACCAUCGUGGGGACGAAUAUGUACCGAAAAAAGCUACAGUAAAACCUUUUGGUGGCCAAGGCUAUAUGCUUGGUACACCAACUCCCAAUCUAACCGGCACAGCCACAAAUUCUCCAAUACGAUCAGCAAUGACAAACACUACAGCAGUAGCUUCGCCCUCUUCAGCAUCGAAUGAACAAACACGAAUUGAAAAAUUAGCUCAUGAUCGUUUUUCUACAUCGUCCACUGGUGAAACAAUGACUACAAUUCGUUUACGCUUACCUGAUUUUUCAUCACCGUUGAAAAUUCAACUUGGAAAUCAACGAACACUCAGAGAUGUUCGUCAAUUUAUUCGUGAUACAUUACCACAAUUACAACAAUUUGAAUUUAUCGAACCACCAGCAACAAAAAUUAAAGUCGAAGAUGAAACGAAAUCGAUUUUAGAAGCAAAAUUAACAAAUGCAAUGAUUGUAGUUAGAAAAAUGUAA